CUGCCUCGCUAGGUUUUCCGCGCCGCCACCCGUUCCCAUCCGCCGCCGCCCCCGCCCCCGCCUAAUUCGCCCCCUUCCACCCCUCCGUCGGCCAGCUUCUCAUCCACCCUCCUAUAUCCCUGCUCCCGCGGCCGCCUAGUUUGGAAUCCCGCCCAGAUCUGCUGCCCGUUACCGCCGGAGGUAGAGGUCGGCCCGGAACCCCGCCCACGGCCGCCGCUUGGAGGUCGCGGUCCCAAGGUCGGAAGUCGCUGCCGUCGCGAGGUUCACCGCCAAUCGUCCCUCCACCCGCCACCCCGAGCUCGUCCUCACCGGACCACCCCCAGGUCGCCGGCAGCCUCCCGUGGCUCGUCCUACGACCCUCCGUCUGCGACUUGUUCAACAGCCGCCCGCUCCACAGGCCUGCUUCCCUAGCUGGUCCAAGCUAAGGAUGAAGUUUAAAGUUGAAUGGAACUGAGAAACCUAUUGGUGAAUCGAAGGACCAGUGGAUGAAUUAAAGGAUCAGAUGAAAAUUCGAAGUGGAAUAAAAUGAAACCAUUGCCGAGAUCUCAUCGCAAUCGGCCUCCCCUAUCUGCCCCACUGCCAGAGCCCAUGCCAGCCGUUGGGACCCGCCGCUCCACGCGUGUCUUUGUGCCCAAGGUGCCCCAGCCCCAGCCCUCUGAGCCUGCCAGGGUUCGCCGCUCCGGCAAGCGUCUAGCCAUCUCCAACUCCCACUGGCUCCGCUGGGAAUCAAAGAAUGCCUUCCAUGACAAUGAACAUGGCGAGAAGCCCAAGCCGCAGACACCAAUGCAACCGCGAUCACCACCCACCAGAUCCUUUGGGAUCGUCUACAGCCGGAAGCGCUGCCGGAGGCUCCCAGCCGAACCUAAGGAUGACACAAGGUUUGGGAUAGUGUUCACCAGGAAGGACAAGCGAUCAAAGGUCGCCCCUUUUCGGGAGGACACCUCCAGCGACCUCGCUGCUAUUCCGUGCUCCUUGUCCAGGGAGUUCGCAUCAAGGAUUGGGUUCUUGGAUGCCCACUUCUUGACCCCUGUGGCUGGUGUUGCCAGUCAAGCUGGGGAUGACCUACUUGUCGUCCUCAUCGACACAUCUUUCUCUGGGAGCACUCAUCAGUUCUUGCGCCUUCUCCUCCCAGUGCUGCGGUGGAUGCGUCACGGGCAGCAGAGCAAGAUCUGGAACCUGGCCUCUUUUCUCUCUUCUGCGGCUGUUGUCACCAUAUUUGCAUCGCACGGGCUGCACUUUGUCAAGCUCCAGCACCAGAGAGCCAGUGCAUUAUUACUGAGGACUAUGGUGCAUUGUGGGUGGUGUGAGCUUCAUGAUGCCAACCAAUCUCAACCUGUGUUGUCAGUCAACUUCUCGGCAGUUCCUUCGUACUUUCAGAGCUUGCAUUCCGUGAUAGAUCUUCACUCCAUCUAUGUGCCAGCUGGGAUUCGACGGAGCAUGGGUUUAGUUGGUGGAGCUGAAGAAAUGUAUACUGAAGAUCCUCUGGAGGCGGAUUCCUGGUCUCCGAGCACUGUAGAUGCCGAGCCUGCUGUUGACUUGCGUUGCGAUGAACCUUGCAGAGUGGUCCAGGACUAUGUGCCCCUUGAACAAGUUGCAGGAGUAGUGAUGCAUGGUCUGAAGCUAAAGAAGCACCAAAGGAAGAGAAGCUCUAUGAGGCAUCCGGUAAAUUGGCAUCGACUUGCAGCAAGAUUUCCAGACAAAGCAAUUGGAAUGAAGCAGGGUACUCUUACCUCUCAGACAGAACUGAGCCCGGCCUUGACUGGGUCUGAGAUUUGCUUGGAACCUCUCCAACCCAAACCAGCAUUAGAAAUUUCUCUUGAUUUGCUUGAAAAUAUGGAUGACAGUGAUGUUUCGACACCUAUGGGAUCAAAUGGGAAGCAAAAGAGGUCUUUCAAAAGUCCAAUUGAGCGCACAAAUGAAAGGCUGGCUUUGUCUGAGGUUAGACAGAAUAUAGAUCAUUUUUGCUGCAAAGCGAACCUUUUAAUUAUUCAAGCUGAUAGGUGCUGGAGAGAAGAAGGUGCUGUAGUUAUGCUAGAACUAUCAAACUCCAAUGGCUGGUGUGUUGCUGUGAAGUUACGUGGUGUUACUAGAGUCUCUCUUAAACCGUCGGAGCAAAGGUUUUAUGUUGUUAACCGUCACACCCAUGCUUACGUUUGGGCAAUCGAAGAUGGAUGGAAACUUGAGUUCUCUGAUAAGUGGGACUGGCUUUUAUUCAAAGAGUUGCAUAUUGAGGGUCGGGAGCGCAAUUCUCAGGAAAAGAUGAUUCCAAUUCCAGGUGUACAUGAGGUUUCUGAUGGCAUGGGAGGGAUUGUAACAGAUCCUUUCUCACGCCCUGUGCCAGACUAUAUCAGAAUGGUGGAUGAUGAAGUUGGACGGGCUCUCUCAAGGGAUUCAGUUUAUGACUUGGACUCAGAGGAUGAACAGUGGCUCAUUCAGUUGAACCAUGAGGCUUCUGAUAGAAGAAGCUCCAAUCUGAAUCACAUUUCCUAUGAAGAUUUUGAGAAAAUAAUAACCUUGUUUGAAAAAGAUAUCUACAACAAUCCUGGGGUAACUACUGAUGUGGAUCAGCUUCUUUCCAGAUAUCCAUCUUUAGGAAAGGAUGAUAAUGUCCUUUCCAUAUAUGAAUAUUGGACAAGUAAGAGAUAUAAGAAAGGUGCGCCGUUGAUAAGGACAUUUCAGGGUGCACCGGUAAGGCGAGGACGACAAUCACAAAAAUCUUCUGUUAAGAAGAAGAGAUCUUUUAUGAGACAAAGAAGCCAACCUGGCCGAGGGAAACCUGGGAUCUUCUUGCAAGACAAUGCUGAAGAGGAGGCUUUGCGGAGAGUUGUGGAAGCUGAACGCGCAGCAAAACACGCUGUAGAAACGGCUGUUCGACUGCGCAGUAGAGCUCAGUCUCUCAUGGCGAAUGCCAACCUCGCGACAUACAAAUCUGUGAUGGCUCUCAGGAUUGCUGAGGCUGCAAGCAUAUCUAACUCGUGCCGGGAUCUUGUUUGGAGGACCCUCAACUAGUUUUUUUUCAUUGCAUCAUUGCUGUGUGAUAUUACUGCUAGGUGGUGGGACUCUUUUUUCCUCCUCUCCGGUUGUUAACUGUGCGAAGCUAAUUUUGAGGUGAACUCAAAACUGUAAUUUCUUGUACAAAUGACAGUAGUUAGUGAGAAUCUGGCAUUCUGUAUGUUACAUGUACCCAUGUUUUGAAAGAAAUGGAAGGAAAAAAAAUGAAGUAUUGCUAGAGACGAGGGAAAAAGAAUCAUGCAAAAGAUACAUCCUGAAGUUUCUUGGCAAACUCCUCACAGAUUGUAUUUAUCAUCUCAUAAAAUUUCAGAUUAGAUGUUGCUCCAA